AUUUUCUGAUUUUUAAUUGUAGUUUAAAAUUGUAGUUGCAUAGUUCGAAUUUAAUUGUUACAUUCUAGUUAAUUUUAUUACAUUGUAGUUGCAUAGUUCGAAUUUAAUUGUAUUUCGAAUUAACUAGUUUAAUUGUACUUCGAAUUUAAUAUUUGUUGUAUUUUUAAGAUGGAACGUGGUAGAUCUUCUGUAGAUAUGAGUAACCUCCGCCGCAACCAAAUAAAGGAGAUUGUGAGGAAUCAUCCAAGCUCACGCAAAGGUAAGGGACGAGCCGGAUCUUCAUCUCAAACCCGAGAUGAUUUUGAUGCCGAUUACAACCAAAGAUAUGAGGAUGCGAUGUCUGAUGAGCAAGUAGAACAACUAUUGCAACAAAAUUAAGGGCGCCUUUUCCAUCAACAAGACAUCCCGCAAACCAUUGACGAAGAAGAGCUCAAGGAUGAUGAUGCGGAGGAGGGGGAUCCGCAAACGGUCGAGGAUGAGAUUCAUGGCACACCGGACAAUGAGGAAGAGCAAGCGGAAGUGGCUACUUCUUCCCAAGGCGGUGAGAAAGCUGAAUCUGUCUUUAAGGCCAAUUUUACAAAAGUCAAAGACCCCGAAACCGAGAUAUGGUACGCCACUUGCAAGCAUUGCCCAAAAGUGUAUAAUUUGGGAAUUUCUGGAGGGUACGGGAGCGCCACAAGGCAUCUUAAGGCCAAGCACCCGGCGGCGUAUGCGAAAUCAGACAAAGCCAAGAGAAAGCAAACACGAAUUUCAAGGUUUGGAACUGGCCGACCCUUCGGUAAUUUCUCCUAUGAUGAUAAAAACAUUUGACCGGUAUGUCUCAUUUAAUUGUUGAAGAAAAUUUGCCUUUUAAUUUUUCCAAAAGUCUUGCUAUUCCUAGAUUGCGUGAAUUGUGUGGCUCAUCUUCUUUGAUGGGUAAGUUUUUUCAUUAGCGUUGUGCAUGUCAUAUUUUAAAUUUAUGUGUAAAAGACGGGCUAGCGGCGUUGGGAGAUGCUAUGUAGGUGGUGAAGGGGGGGAUUAAACUUAUUUGGGCUAGUAAUCAACUUAAGAUGCAAUGGAGAAAUUAUUUGAAAGAAAGACGUGUCAAAUAUUGUGCUUUUCCUAAAGAUUUGUCUAUUCGUUGGAAUAGUACUUAUAACUUAAUUAAGGUGCUUAUUAGAUUUAAAAACCAUUUUCCUGUUUUUUUAAAAGAAUAUGCUAACUAUAUUAUAAACCCGGCCGACAUCGACACUUGUGAAAAAAUUGUGAAUGUUUUGGUGUUUUUUAAUAAUGCAUCUCAAACUUUUAGUCAUGUUUAUAAACCUACCGCAAACCAAUUUUAUGUUGAAGCUGUUAAUCUCGUCGGUGCUUUUUAUGAAUUUUCCGAUGCCAAUUACGUUAGUUAUUUUUGUUCUUGCAUGAAAGAGAAGUUGUUAAAAUAUUAUUCACAUAUUCCGCAUAUAUAUGGUAUUGCAUUUAUUCCUGAUCCUCAUUUUAGACUUGAUUAUUUGGGGAAAUGUUUAUAUUACCAUUAUGCUUCUUUUUUUGGUCCAUUGCCUAUGUACGACGACAAGGCCAUAGACCCUAAACAAGAAUUCCAAGAGGUUAGCAAAUUACUUUAUCAAUUAUUUAAUGAGUUUCAUGCAGAAUAUGGUAGCACACCUCCUCCCUCGUGACGAAAAUCUUCUUCAUCUAAAGGGAAAUCAAUUUUGAAAUCUGCAUUUGGCAAUCUUAUGAAAAAAAGUAAAUCAACUCCGGUUAAUGAACAAAGCUCGAUUAACGAGCUUUCUUUGUAUCUAACCUUUCCUGUUGAGUAUGAAGAAGGGGAUGAUUUUGACGUACUUCAGUGGUGGAAGGAAAAAGAAAGAACGUUCCCGAUCUUAUCAAAGAUGGCUAAGCAAGUGCUAGCAAUGCCGGUAUCAAUAGUUGCUGUGGAACAAGAGUUUAGUGCGGCCGACAACGUGCUAACGGACUAUAGAACGAGAUUGAACGCAAACUCUCUUGAGACGCUUGUUUGCUUCCACGAUUGGUCGAAGGCCCAACGUAGAACUCAAGGACUGAGCAUCGAACCUACCCGCCACUUUAUGGAUGAAACAACCGAAGAUGGCGGAAAUUCCGAUUGAUUCUUAUUUAUUAAAAAUUGUAUUUCAUGUUUUAUUUUUUCUCAAUUUUCAAUUGUACUACAUAUUUCAAAUAAAUAUAUUUUAACUUUUUUAUGUCCAACUAAUAUUAAUACAUAAUUUUAAGUGAUUAGUUAUCAUAUACUCCGUACUACGUAUGAUUAAAUGUGAUAAUUCUAUCAUUCAUUUUUGUUAAUGUAUGUGUAUAUAUGUAUUUUAUACACACACAAAAUACAAUAUUACUUAACAUAUUUAUGCAAAAAUAUAGAUAAAAAUGCAAUUUCUAUGUCUCUGACUAAUCCUCGACUAGGCGCCCGCCUAACCGCCUAGGCGCUAGGCACUGGGCUGGCGCCCGACUAGCACCUAACGUCUUUUAGAACAUUGAAAAUGGUAGAUGCACAAAGAUUGUUUUUAACUCCACUUGUUUCUACGUUUAUCGAGAACGAAGUAAGAAGAAUAUAAAGUUCACCCAUAUUGCAGUAGAUCGAGCUCCUCCAUAACCACCUCUGUGUCAGGAGGAGUUUUGAGGAAAUACUUUAUUAUAAUUUUAUUUUUUCUUUAGCAUUACUUGAUUUUAUUUUAGUUCGAGUAGGUUUGGUUUGGAUAUUUGGAUUUCUGGAGUACUUUCAAUAGAGAUUGUUUCGAUUACGGCCAUUUUAGGCUUAAAAUUGUCCGUUUUGUGUUUGACGAGUCAAGUUACUUUAUAUGAGGUGACUGAUUCUAUGUCUAUUUCCAGGGGUUACAACCGUUUCCCUACGAGAGUUAGGGUUUUCCUUCCGCUGAAUUUUCAUGCGACACAAUUUACGUUUCAGAUUUCUCUCUUUGGUUUAUAAGUUGCAGGUUUUUGGAUGUUCAAUUUGAUUGGUUCGCUGGUGUUCAAAUUUUCACACCCAUUUAUUGGAUGGCUGGUUUCUCCAUUUGUUGGAGUUGGUGUCUUGGUGCGGCAGCCGAGCAUCUUUUCUUGAGCAAGGACGACCGCGGUGACAAGCUCGGAAGAAUUUACAGAGCAACGGCGGUACAUUCGAAAUUGGAAGAUUUCAAUGGCACACUUGGAAAAGCAUUAUGGCAAUUUGAAUGUGAAGGAUGAUGAGAAAGAGUUGGCUUUUAAUUUGACAUGGUAGACAGUGAUGCUGACCAGGGCGCUAGGUUAGCGGUCUAAUUGAUUGUGGCUGAGAGUUUGUAUCCAUGUUGGAUCAGGCAGCCUUGGUCGGUUGCUCCGAUGAUGGUGGAGUUAGUAUUCACCCCUAUUGCAAGAGUUUGUCCUCCUCCGAAACCUUCUUUCUCUGAAACUAGGAAGAGUUUUGUGGAAAUAUCGUUUUUCAAAAUUAUUUAUAUUUUAGUAGUACUUGUUUUUGUUUUAGUCCGAGUAGGUUUGCUUUGGAUUUUUGGUGUUCAUUUGACAGGCAGGGCUUUGGUUCCGAUUGCUUUAGACCU